CGUUUGGAUUCAUUCUCUCGUGUCGAAUAUGUGUAACUUGUUUCAUGUUUUCUUCGUGAUAUUCAGCAUUCUAUGGCUGAAUCAAGGAGGAUUAUGUGUACAGGGCUACUGCAAAGAUAUCGUGAACAACUCUGUAAUACUAAGACUGAAGGAACAUCUCUUCUGCAGUUACGAUACGGAUGUCAGGCCUACGGACCAGGAUAGAAACGCCACUGUUGUUCGUUUUGGUCUUUACAUGCGCCAGUUCGACGUUGAUGAUUUGACGAACGUGGUUGACUUCCACGUUUGGGUAAGAUUGGUCUGGAACGAUCCUUUUCUCACAUGGGAGCCGUCUGAAUACGAUGGUGUUAAUUCCAUUCACGUGAUGAGCUACGAGAUCUGGAUGCCAGAUAUAACAAUACACAGCGCAACAACAAUGGGUGCUGACGGAGUGCCAGCGAUAGAAUGCUGGUUGAACCAUACAGGCAACAUAUUCUGUGUGCCAGCCAUGUCAUAUACUACAUCGUGCGAGUCUGAUUCUACCUGGUGGCCUUACGAUAUGAUAAAUUGCACCAUACAUAUCGGCUCCUGGGCUUACCAUGCACACGAGAUCGAUCUGCGUUUCAUAAAGUUCGAUGAGGAAGGUCAACUCACCGUGGACAUACAGGAUAAAAACACGCAAUGGGAAAUGGUAGAAUUUACCCAAAGCGAGCGUCUGGUCAACUCGAAAUUCGGUUUAUACUUCAGUACUAAAUACUUGUCGUAUCAUAUUCUUCUGAAAAGGCAUUCGUCCAUGCAUGGUGCAAUAUACGUAACUAUUGUCGUAGUACUAAUGACGAUGACACUGAUGACACUGUGGCUAGAACCGAGGUCCACGGAACGUAUGAUUAUAGCGAAUCUGAACUUCGUGCUCCAUUUAUGGUCUGUGCAAGACCUGCAGUGGAUGCUUCCUUACACUGGUAAUCGCCCACCAGCAUUACUACUUUUCUACGAGAAUUCACUCGCCCUAGCCACAUUCACGCUUAUAUUAACCAGCGUUCUUCGCCACAUGCAAGAACUGACUGCGCAGGCGCCAGUGUGGAUAUCCUCGAUCACGGUUUCGAUUUUGAAAAGCAGAGUAGGCCAAGUAUUUUUAGUAAGCAUUUUGGACCCGAAAGCAUCGGCCAGAAUCGAAAUGAACGUGGACGACAACACGAAUCUGGUGUCCUUUGAUAAACAAGAGACAACUUGGAGGUAUACGUCCGUUUUGAUCGGAUGGCUCGCAUUUGUCAGUGUAUUCUUCGUCUACGUGAUUAUGUUGAUCGUUGUUCUACCUACCGAUAGAUCUGCUAAUAUUUUCUCGGCGAAAACUUAG